UCUCUUUUAAUGUUGACGGUUGUUGUAGCAACCGCGCCAGAACGUUGAAGUGUGAUUCACUGUUGUUUGUGUUGGUAGCGUAGUAGAAAUGGAAAAUUAAUCAAGUAGUAUGUCCGCUUAACAACAUUAUUUCUGUCUAACGGUUAACGUCUAGAGGGGAUAUACAUGCUAAUUUGGCCGCGUUAGUUUGAUUAUCAGAUGCUUGGCUAACUGCUAAGUGGAGGCUAGAUCCGCUAACUGGAUGCUGGUUCAGUUCAGCUCAGAUCUGAAGUUGUUGGCCCCAUUUAACCUGCAAGUUCAGUGCUUGUAUUUUUGAGUUAAGUUGUUGACUGGUAGGCAAAUAGCUGCGCACCAUGUCGGCUGUGAGCAGCCUUGUUCCUGCUCGGUUUUUGACAAUCAUAGCUCACCUUGUCAUUGUUAUCACAAUCUUUUGGUCGAGGGAAAACAAUGUGAAGGCCUGCUUGCCUUUGGAUUUUACACCAGUGCAAUAUGAAGAUGAAGACAGAAAGCUGGUGGUGGCAUUGGCUGUCACGCUUGGCCUCUUUGCCAUAGAGUUGGCUGGGUUCUUCUCUGGAGUGUCCAUGUUUAACUGCAGCCAAGGUCUCCUGUCAUUGGCUGUCCAUUGCAGCGCAUCUGUAUCCUUGUCUUUCUUUGUCUUUGAGAAGUGGGAAUGCUGGACAUAUUGGGUUAUUUUUGCCAUAUGCAGUGUUCUUCCAGCUUUUGUGGAGGUUGUCCUGUUCAUUGCUGUGUUUGGACUGAAGAAGAAACCUUUAUGAAAGGUAUCAGCUGCAAGAGUGGACAAGGAAUCAGCAGAUGAUGUUGACACUGGACAUCUUUGAUUCUUGGACGAUCACUGAGGAGCAAACAAAAAAAAAUGCUGAAUGCUCAAACACUGAACAAAGGGAUAUACAAGAGGCUCUCUCUCUCUUUGAUCAGUUUUCUAAAGACAUUUCUAAUAUGUUUUUAUUUAAAUAUUUUUUUGUUAAAAGGAAUAAAAGUCAUGCUUUUCUGUAAAUGUGUCAAGAUUGAAUAGUCAGAAAAUAAGCACU